ACAGUGAAAUUUGAAAAUUCACUAAUAACAGCAAUAAUGGUAUUUUAGCAUUAAAAAUAUAAUUUAGUUCUUAGAGCUUGUGCAUACAGGUGGAUUAACACAUUACAGAAACACAUUUUUUCUUUACAUUUUAGUUUAGGUUAGUUUUCCUAUGAAGCUUCCAUUUGGUGGUAAUCCAGUAAAUUUGCUGAUAGGGAUGUCUUCUGUUAUUGAUGAAAGUGGAAAAUCUUCGCCUUUCUGAGGUGCUUUAGGUGCGUGAGAACUUUUGAAAAAUCUGCGAAUGUGUCAUGUUUCAUGACGUGCUCUUUUCCGGUGUAAUGCUUGGAUUCGGGUCUCAGGGUUUGUUUUCAAUCAAGCGCACACACAACAAAUCCACUCUUAAGCACCGCCACAUGUGAUCAGUCUUAAAUAAGCACUUAUCUCCUAAGCUAAUUACAAUCUGCAUGACUUCCAGAGGGGAGGAAAACUGUUAGUGAAUAUCUGUUAAAGCUAUAAUAAAACCCAUCUCAGAUGACACCUACUUUUCUCCUUCCAUUCUCUGCAAUGACACGGCUGAUCUUUUGUUUAAAGACCAGAAGCUCUUCUGAAUAAUGAGUAUGUGGGAUUAGUGGAAGGUUUGAAGUACUGACUUUCUGUGAAAUCCACAUGUGAUUUAUUGCCUUGUUAUACCCAGUAUUGUUCACACCAUUCCACUGCAACCACCUGGUGAGAGGAUCCCUACAAAGCCUCACCAACGUCAGCAGUACCUGUGUUGCUGGUUUAACAAAGGGUUAAGUAUGGGUGUUCCCAUUUCCUGCAGCUCUCCCUCCCAGCCUCACUAAUCUCUCUCACUCUCUCCUCUCCUUACUACCAAGAAGAUUUGGUGAGACUCCUAGGAACAAAGCUACAUACAAACACUAGAAGUCUGAAAAUUGAAUGAACCUACACAAGGAUUUAUUCUGUUAAUAUUCAGAAAAGAAACCUAGCUUUCUUUGGGAAUCGCAAGGCAAUUACAUUACGUACCCAACCAAAAUGGAGCUUCAGAAGAUGAAUGGACACACCAAAGAAGAUGGGUUUGAUCCAAUUGAUGCCUUGGCCGAGCAGGAGGAGUUUCUCCCACAUAAACCUGGUGCAAAGAAAGAAACCCACUUUACAGAUUUCGAGGGAAAGACUUCGUUUGGCAUGUCCAUCUUUAACCUCAGUAAUGCCAUAAUGGGCAGUGGGAUCCUGGGACUGGCUUAUGCAAUGUCCAACACAGGGAUCUUGCUUUUUAUAAUCCUGUUGGUCUGCAUUGCUCUUCUAUCCGCAUAUUCAAUUCAUCUUCUGCUAAAAAGUGCUGGAGUUGUUGGCAUCCGGGCUUAUGAGCAGCUUGGAAAUCGGGCUUUUGGCCGCCCAGGGAAAAUGCUGGCUGCCAUCAUCAUAACAGUACAUAACAUUGGAGCUAUGUCAAGCUAUCUCUUCAUCGUAAAGUCUGAGCUCCCACUGGUUAUUCAAGCUUUCUUCGGUAAACAGGAGAACACGGGAGAGUGGUUCUUGAAUGGAAACUACUUGAUCAUCAUAGUUAGUGUUCUCAUCAUCUUUCCUCUAGCACUCAUGAAACACCUUGGUUACCUUGGCUAUACCAGCGGUUUCUCGCUCUCCUGUAUGGUGUUUUUUCUCAUUUCGGUGAUAUACAAGAAAUUCAACAUCCUAUGUCCACUGGUAGAUUAUCAUCAUCAUCAUAACAGCACUGGUGCUGACCAUGACAGUGUUGAUCCUACAGCAGAUGGCUUCUGUGACUCCAAGCUAUUUACCAUGAACCCACAGACAGCAUACACCAUCCCAAUUUUGGCUUUUGCCUUUGUCUGCCACCCAGAAGUUCUACCAAUCUACACUGAGCUCAGAAAUGCCACCAAGAAACGCAUGCAGAAUGUUGCUAACAUCUCCAUCCUGGCCAUGUUUGUCAUGUACCUGCUGACAGCUCUUUUUGGUUACCUCACUUUUUAUGGCGCUGUGGAGUCAGAGCUGUUACACACCUAUAUUCGCGUGGACCCAUUGGAUGUCUUGAUCCUCUGUGUACGUCUGGCUGUGCUUGUAGCUGUAACUCUGACUGUUCCUGUUGUUCUCUUCCCGAUCCGCAAGGCCUUGCUUCAGAUCUUAUUCGCUGACAAGCCUUUCCACUGGGUUAGACACAUUGGCAUUGCCUUUGGUCUCCUCUUCGUGGUCAAUCUUCUUGUUAUCCUGGUGCCCUCCAUCCGUGACAUCUUUGGCAUUAUUGGAGCCACAUCCGCCCCCAGCCUCAUUUUCAUCCUACCCGCAAUUUUCUAUAUCCGAAUUGUUCCUGAAGACCAGGAACCCCUGUGCUCAAGAUCUAAGAUUCAGGCCAUAUGCUUCGCUGCAUUGGGAUUUGUCUUCAUGGUCAUGAGUUUGUCAUUUAUUAUCAUUGACUGGGUGACUGGAGAGAGUCGAAGUGUAGGUGGGCACUAGCUGCUAUAACUGAACAGAGGUACUGCACACAGAACAUCAACCAAAGCCCCCUUUUUAAUUAAAUUAGCCCCAUCUUCUCAUCCAAAGCCAAACUAGAAAGUUUGACUACACAAGAUGAAGGAUAACGUGAAGAGCCUUCACCUACAUCAAAAAAACAGGAAAGUGUUUUUACAUGUGAUGGAGCAGACGACAUGUCCUGUACUGGAGGAGAGAACACAGAUGUAUGAAAAUACAAAGCAAAGUGUUCUGCCUCGAUGAGUCCUGUCACAGCUCAAACUGAGGAUUUUGUUUGGGGUCAUUUGUAGAUUUGCAGCAAACGCUUUGAAUGAAAAAAAAGUGGAAAUUCCGUUUUUGGAUGUGGACAGUUCCUUGGAAUUGCUCAGUCAAUGUCUACAUUUCACAAAUCUCCUUCCCUACCAUGUCAGAUUUUACAGAACUUACAUGUAUUAGUUUUGUAGGGCAGUAUGUUCUUUACCUGAGACAUUUGUCAGCUACGGUUUACUUUUACUUUUAUGACUGACAAAUCCGCCAUUUCCCCAAACUUUACCUGUUCAGCUAAUUAUGACCUUCGAGGGUUAGUCCGCAGUUCCACACAAACAACUGCUUAUGAUCAAAAAUGUUUUCAGUGAAUUUAACAUGGAUUCUAAUCAAUGCAUUUAAUGUGAUAUUUCAUCCAUUUAAAAAAAAAAUUACUGUCACAAUGGUGGUCAUCUUGAAGUUUCCCAGUGACCUGGCAAAAUAUGGUGCAAUUUAUGGGAUUUUCUUUUGUUUUUUGCUGCUGUUCAUGAAGGUCAAACAGACAAUCAUGUGUGAGAGGAGGUUUGUGAAAACCGAAACAAAGUUUUUAUGUGAGCCUGAACAUCCAUAAUUGCAAACCAAAGAAUCUAUUUAUUAUGUCACAUUGUGAAAGAGUGUUUCUUUUUCUUUCUUUUUUUUUUAACAUGCUUGGCAAAGACCAGUUAAAGUUGUACAUGAAUUCAUCCAGUGUUAUAAAUGCUGCGCAUGUUUAAUCAGUACCAGAAACUUUUCAUUGUGUUCAAUAAUGGCUUCAAAGUGGACCUCUUAUGUUGUUAUCUCAGUCAUAACAUAACUCUUACAAGGGGUGUGCUCAUCUUAAACAGGUACUGAGGUUAGCAAGUCCAAGUAAUCCUGAGAGCAGAAAGCUUGAACUUCAGACUGCUCUAAAUGCUCAUUUCCUUAUUUGUGACAGAUUUUAGCUGCUGGAUCUUUAUUUGCUGUUCUAACCACCUUCUGUUCAAAACCUCUGUUUGCAAAGGACAGUUGAUCAGAAAGAAGUCUGUUAAAAGGACUUCGGGUGCUCUGGACCAUCUGAGGGCUUGCAGUAAAGUCCAUUAAGCGUUAUUUCAAAUGAAGCAUGCAAAGCUGUUCUGGUAGACUGAACUACUCAAAAUACGAAGCACAGUGGGUCCGCUUUAAGCAAGAAUUAGUGAAGUCCUUUUUUUGUUUUUAAAAUGUGACUAAAAGACCUGUUAACAUUGUAAUUCAUCCUGUACAUUUUUGAAUUAAUUUGAAUGUUGUUAACUGUCAAUAAAAUGUGUUUUAUUUGUA